AUGCCACUCAAGGCUUUCUUCUGGGUACUUCUAUUCGCGGCCGCGGUGCUCGGGGCAUCGUACGAGGACUGGCAACACCGCUCAAUCUACCAGCUGGUGACUGACCGAUUUGCGACCUCCGAUGGGUCUGCCCCGGCGUGCGACACGUCCGCGCGGCAGUACUGCAACGGCACCUGGCAGGGCGUCAUCUCCAGGCUCGACUACAUCCAGAGCAUGGGCUUCGACGCCAUCUGGAUCUCGCCCGUCGUCGCGAACCUCGAAGGCGACACCGGCGACGGCACCGCGUACCACGGCUACUGGACCAUCGACCAGACGAGCCUGAACGAACACUUUGGCACGGACGGCGACUUGCAGCUGCUCAGCACGACGCUGCACCAGCGCGGCAUGCUCCUCAUGGUCGACGUCGUCGUGAACCACAUGGCCGCGCCGCUCCUGUCUGCGGCUGCCACGAACGCCUCGGCGCCGGCGGUCAACUACACCGCGUUCACGCCGUUCAACAACCAGUCGUCCUUCCACCCGUUCUGCUGGAUCACGGACUACGCGAACCAGACGGACGUAGAGCAGUGUUGGCUCGGCGACGCGGCGGUCCCGCUCGCGGACGUGGACACGGAGGACCCGGACGUCGUCGCGUUCUUCAACGGGUGGAUCGCGGACCUCGUGAAGACGUAUGGCAUCGACGGGCUGCGGAUCGACACGGUGAAGCACAUCCGGAAGGACUUCUGGCCCGCGUUCGCGCAGAGCGCGGGCGUGUGGAGCAUCGGGGAGGUGCUCGACGGUGACAUUGCGUACGUUGCGAACUACACACAGGUCCUCGACGCGGUGCUCGACUACCCGAACUUCUACCCGUUGACGCGCGGCUUCCAGAACAGCUCGGGCGACCUAUCGCAACUCGCGGCGUCAGUGCGCGAGGAGCAGCAGGCGUAUAGGCUAGGCACGUUCAUGACGGGCGCGUUCCUCGAGAACCAGGACAACCCGCGCUUCGCGUCGCUCACGACGGACCAGUCAGACGGGGUGCCGAUCUUGUACUACGGCCAGGAACAGGGGUAUGCGGGAGGGGACGACCCGUACAAUCGCGAGGCGCUGUGGCUCUCGGGGUAUGAAGAGGAUAAACCGCUUGUCAUGCACGUCCGCGUGCUCAACGCUGCGCGCAAGGCCGCGAUCGCGUGGAACAACGCCUCCUUCCUCAGUACACCUCUCGACUUCCCCGUGGCCUCCACCUCGCAGCUUGCUGUCUCGAAGUCACCGCUCCUCGCGCUCCUCGCGAACACCGGCCAAUCGUCCUCGCCGAGCUGGUCCGUUCCCAGCACGAACUACACCAAGGGCGAGGAGCUCAUCGACGUGUUGAGCUGCGUGACGACCAAAGUCGGCAGCGCCGGUGCGGUGGCGUGGACGGGGAGCUCGGGGAUGCCUGCGGUCCUUCUGCCGACGUCGGUGUUCAACGCGAGCUACUGCAACACGCUCAAAGGCGAUGUCAGUGGAAACGCGGGCAGCCCGUGGGUCGCGCAGUCAUCUGGGAGGGGGCUGGGCUUGAGCGUGGCCGGUGCGCUGGUCGCUACGGCCUUUACCAUCUGGUCUCUCGCUACGUGGGCGCUCUAA